AUGACCACACUCAACAAUCAAGAUCUACCUGUCCCUUCUAACAACUCACAUCCAGAUGAAUACAAAAUUGCAGCCCUUGUCUUCUACAGCUGUAUCUUCGUAAUUGGAUUAUUUGUUAAUGUCACUGCGUUAUGGGUUUUCAGUUGCACCACCAAAAAAAGAACCACUGUAACCAUCUAUAUGAUGAAUGUGGCAUUACUGGACUUAAUAUUUAUAAUGAGUUUACCUUUUCGAAUGUUUUAUUAUGCAAAUGGUGAAUGGCCAUUUGGAGAGUACUUCUGCCACAUUCUUGGAGCUCUCACAGUGUUUUAUCCAAGUAUUGCUCUAUGGCUUCUUGCUUUUAUUAGUGCUGACAGAUACAUGGCCAUUGUACAGCCGAAGUAUGCCAAAGAACUUAAAAACACAUGCAAAGCCGUGCUAGCAUGUGUGGGAGUCUGGAUAAUGACCCUGACAACCACUGUCCCUCUGCUACUGCUCUAUGAAGACCCAGAUAAAGCCUCCACCCCUGCCACCUGCCUCAAAAUUUCUGACAUCAUCCACCUAAAAGCUGUUAACAUGCUGAACUUCACUCGACUGGUAUUUUUUUUCUUGAUCCCUUUAUUCAUCAUGAUUGGGUGCUACCUGAUCAUCAUUCAUAGUCUCCUUCAUGGUAGGACAUCUAAGCUGAAACCCAAGGUCAAGGAGAAGUCCAUAAGGAUCAUCAUCACGCUCCUGGUGCAGGUGCUCAUUUGCUUUCUGCCCUUCCACAUCUGCUUUGCUUUCCUGAUGCUGGAAGGGGACGAGAACAGUUACAGUCCCUGGGGUGCCUUUACCACCUUCCUCAUGAACCUCAGCACGUGUCUGGAUGUGAUCCUCUACUACAUUGUUUCAAAACAAUUUCAGGCUCGAGUCAUUAGCGUCAUGCUAUACCGCAAUUACCUUCGGAGUAUGCGCAGAAAAAGUUUCCGAUCCGGUAGUUUACGGUCAUUAAGCAACAUAAACAGUGAAAUGUUAUAA